CUUAUAAUAGGCUUCGGGCCUCAACAGGCCAGUUUGUGUGGCCUCUACCUCAAUCCAUCCCCUUUCAGGCAUUUCAUCGAGCACUUACAGAUCUGUAACCAAUCUAAAAACCUUUCUUGCUAUCAGCAACAAGACACAAUCCCACGUGGCACAAAGCUAGUCUCUCCAAUUCCACGUGUCAAGAACCUACCUUCUCAUGCCACCAUAAUCACAGUCCUCGCCGAGCUCUCCUCCUGACCUUCAAACCCUGAAAACGCAUAUCCAAAAAUGCACCGUUUCAAACCCUCCCUCCAAUUCUCCAAGAGCAAUCAACACAGUAAACAUAGGACCAUCCACUUCACAGCCCGAAAACACGUUACUCAACAAACCCACCUCGAAAAUGUUGGCCCCAUGGCCUCUCUCCUCAAGACCCGAUCAAUCAUCCGAUUUAAAGGCCCGGACACUCUGAAAUUUCUUCAGGGUCUGCUGACCAAUGAUGUACGGAGGUUCGGUGAAGCCCUGGGUGAGAAGACUUCGGCUUUGCCUAUCCCUAAUAUGGCCUCCGUGUCGGUUCCGCCGAUGUAUGCAGCGUUGCUGACGCCUCAAGGCAGGUUUUUGUACGAUAUGUUUUUGUACAGGUUGCCUCGGGCUGAUGAGAAGCUUGAUAAGACGGGUUCUGGACCUGGGUCGGACCCAGACCCGGGAGAUUUGGAGUUGUUUGCUGAUGUGGAUGGGUCUGUACUGGAGGAGCUCUUGGAGACCUUGAAGAAAUUCCGGUUGAGGUCUAAGGUUGAUAUUGAGGAUGUAGCAGAGGAUUUCUCUUGUUGGCAGCGGUAUGGUGGGAGCCUCCCUCAAAAGUCAUCUUCUGCAGAAGAACCAGAGGCUGCUGCUGUUGGCUGGGGUGGUGCUAUUGAUCGUUCUGGCAUGUCAGUUGCACAAGGAAAUGAUCUUGGAUGGCAAUGGUAUAAGGAUCCUAGAUUAGAUUGCCUUGGCUUCAGGGGGAUCUUCCCAUCCAAUACAACGCCACCUUUGGUUGAGGCCGGCAAGGAAACUGAUGAAAAAAACUACCUUCUAUGGAGAUUGGAGAAGGGAGUUGCCGAAGGCUCCACUGAGAUCCCGAAAGGUGAGGCAGUUCCACUUGAAUACAACCUUGCUGGUCUGAAUGCAAUAAGCUUUGACAAAGGGUGCUAUGUUGGCCAAGAACUUAUUGCUCGUACACAUCACCGUGGAGUCAUUCGAAAGCGUUUACUUCCUCUUAAGUUUCUAAAUGAUAGCAGAGAAGAGGUUGAAAACAGAGUAGCUCCUGGGUCAGAUAUAAUCAUAGCUGCGUCUGGCAAGAAGGCAGGUACUGUCAUCACUGUACUUGGAUGUCGAAGUCUGGGUCUUGUGCGUUUAGAUGAGGCCUUCAAAGGGUCGGACACUUUGACCACACAAGGGGAAGAUGUAAAAGUUGAGGCCAUAAGGCCAGAAUGGUGGCCUGCAGAGUGGUAUCAAGAACAUCAACAGCACAGUGCAGUUGCCUAGAGAUUGUGUUAUGCCACAAGUUGGUCUCGCGUAUUUAAAUGGUCCUGUAAGUAUUGGCCCUUGUGCAUCCAAACAGUUAAAAGAACUCGGAGAAUUCUCAUGAAAGUAUCACUGGUGGCCUGGUGGGGUUCCCUGCUUAAAACAGUGUAUACAUGUAACAAAGUUUUUAAAGUUAAAUGGCCAUUUGUCAACGUCUGUAGCACUGUUUUGAGGAAUUUUGUGAUUCAGUAACUCUUUUCAUGAAUUUUUCGACUUUUGAUUGAUGGAUAGUCACUUUUUUGAUACUCUCAGAUGAGAGAGAGGUGAGAAGCGA